AGAAAAAUGUAAACAAACCGUAACUAAGGAAAUAUAAUUUUUGAACAAAAAUCUUAUUAGAAUGAAUUUAUCUGACUAUUCAUCUGAAGUCGUUGGUUUUGAUUCCACAUGGGAUCAAGAUAAACAGGUACUUGUUAAAGAUGCUGGGACAGAAGCAAUGGAAAGUCGAUUAGAAGUUUCGGAUCAGUCUUUGAGUACAGUUGAAUCAAAAGAUGUUGGUAUUCAAGCAACUCCAACAAUAAUAAGUAAUUCAAAUGAGGAGACAGAUAGAAAACUUGCGGCAUGGUUGAAGAAAAUUUUGCCGGCACUUGAAAAGGAAUUGGAAGAAGGUCCAACACCAGUUUACAACAAUAAUUCCAACACUGAUGUAUCGCCUAUAAAGAUAGAAGAAUAUCAGGAUAUUGAGUUAAAAAAAUAUCUCAAUCAUGAAGGAAAUCAAAGUGAUAGUCUCAUCAAAGGAACUGCAACUUGGCUUUCAGUUUCAACUUUAGAUUCGCCAGUUCUUGCUUUAUCGUAUUCUGUCUAUAUUGAUGAUCAAAUGAAGUCAUUUGUUUUAAUUUUUGAGCCUAAGAGAAGUAAAAGUGAUGCAAAAAUAUAUUGGCAAGAGCUUACAUCAAUUCCAGUUAAAGAACCGAUAGAAUUUCUUGUAACGAACCCUCAAAAUCGUGAUAUGUUUGCGGGAGGUUCAACUUCUGGAGAUUUGUAUGUUUGGAACUAUCAAAAUAUACCGAGUAAAGAAAGUGAAUCAAGAGUUGCGGAAUUGUUUUCUAAAUCUUCGGAAGAUACACUCGUAGCUUUAACUUUUAUGAACGACAAUAAAAUUCUUUGUUGUCAAAAUGAUGGAAAAAUUUUAAUCUACAAAAUUGUCAGCAAACAAAAUACAACUGUGGAUAAAAUUAUGAGGAUUAAGCCAAGAAAUACUCGAGAUCCUCUCAUAACUUGCAUAGCCUCAGUUCCUGGAGCUGAUGACGAUUUUAUUGUUGGACUUCUCAAUGGAACUUUGUUGUAUUGCUCAUCGAAUCAAUUAAUGCAUCAAGAAGGAGAAUUUAAUCCAAUAAUUCGUGAAUUGAAUUCUCACAAAUUUUCUAUCUCAUCACUCAUUAGCAGUUCUCAUAGUGGAAAAUCUUACAUAAUUUCUUGUGAUUUAUCGGGUGAAAUUUUCUUUCAUGAAGUGGCUGAAACUUUCAUGAAACCGAAAUUGGUUGUAAAGUUGCCACUGCCAAUGAAGAAGAAAAUUUCUUGUCUGAAUAACAUGGAACAUAUAUUUUGCCCUCUGGAUAACGGAACAUUGGAAGUCUUUAGAACAAGCAGUAACAUUCGCGAAACUGUGAUUGAAGGAAAACUUGAUGGAUGUGGAAAUGUUGUUGAGUUAUCAAGAAAUGAAUCAUGGCUCGUUACUGGCAUUUACAAUGGAACUUUUAAAAUUUACCAUAUUUUAAAUGAUGAAUAAAAGAACUUAAGA